CGGCGAGGCCCGCAGGCUAGUGCUCUCCGCAGGCCCCGAGCAUGGUGCUGGGGGUUCUGGCCCCGGGUGCGCUCCUCCUGCUCCCGCCGCUCCUGCCGCUGCCGCAGGUGGCGCUGGGCUUCUCGGACGGCAGCUGCGACCCCUCGGACCUGUGCCCGCCCCAGGCCCGCUGGAGCAGCCUGUGGCACGUGGGGCUUAUCUUACUUGCUGUCCUCCUGCUGCUGCUGUGCGGGGUCACAGCCAGCUGUGUCCGGUUCUGCUGCCUCCGGAAACGGGCACACACCCAGCCACACCUGCCACCAACACCUCAGCCUUGCGACCUGACAGUCAGCCCUAUGGAUAGUGACAGCCCCGUGCACAGCACUGUGACUUCUUACAGCUCUGUGCAGUACCCGCUGGGCAUGCGGCUGCCCCUCCCCUUUGGGGAGCUGGACCUCGACUCCAUGACCCCUCCUGCCUACAGCCUGUAUGCCCCUGAGCUGCCACCCUCUUAUGAAGAGGCUGUCAAGACGGCCAAACCCAGACAGGAAGAGCCAUCCCCCUCUUAGUAACCCAGUCCUCUCCGUGGGGCCUGAGGCCUAGAGACAUCGGCAGGGCUCCAGGAGCCAGGCUCCAAUGCCCAACACCCCUGGCUGUAGCCCUGAUGCCCCUCAAAGGCAGAGGAAAACUCUCUCGAACCUCUCCAUUCUGCCAGCCACCCUGUGCUCAGAGGUGACCCGUGCAAGGGCACUUGCAGCCGAGGACCCCCCCACCCCAGCGCACACCUCCCAUCCUUCCCCAGGGAAGGCCAGCCCGUCCAGCACAUUGCUGCAGCCCUGGCCUCGUUGCUAUGUAACGCCAGGCAGCCCAACCAGCUGCCCCUGUGUUGGCCAUACACAUGCACUCUCACACACUAGGGCAAUGCCCACACAGGCUGCUGCAUUCAGCCCUGACCUCACAGGCCUAAGCCUCAAGAUUCAGGGCUGGCUGUAACACCCCCAGCUUUUUGGAGAGAGAAUAAAGUUUGUACC